CAGACUGUGACGGAACAUCGCUCAUCUUUUACAACUGGAUACGGACAGACCGCACUGGACCACUGGCUACAAUGAGAGUGUUACAGGAAACAGAGGAUGCAACAAACAAUAGAAAGUUAAUAAAAUCUCAGGUGGAGAAACGCCGCAGGGAGAGGAUGAACCGCAGCCUGGAGCGUCUGAGGACCAUGCUGCAGGAACCUCAGCCACCGGGCGGGACUCAGCACAGGGUGGAGAAAGCUGAGAUACUCGAGCACACAGUCCUCUUCCUGCAGAACACCGCCAGAGGAGACAAGACGAGAGCUGGAGGUGGUGUCAUUGGUGGUGGGGGUGGUGGUGGACGAGGAGGCAAGAAACACUCUUUCCAGGACGGCUUCUCCACCUGCCUGCAGAAAGCUACUCAGUUCCUGGGACCUGAGGGGAAAGGCCUGUGGCUCGGAGCAGCCCUGAAUGCGUCUUUUGCUGCUCGCCUUUCCCGUCCAGACUCUGAUUCUGCAGGCGCCCAAAGAAGAACUGAAGCCCGUUCCUGCAGCUCUCUGCCACACACAAAGUCCAUUCUUCGGAUGCUGAAGCAAAGGUCCAAGCAAAGACUGCAUACACGAGCGUUAAAUGCGCAUCCAUACCGGCUUCCAGCCCAGCAGGUGUCCCCCCAACAGGCUCAGAGAUACAGUCAGGUUGAGGUCAGGGUGGAGAGCGGAGCGAGCAAACAGAGCCCGUCUCAGAGUUGCCCGAUCAACCAGACUUUGUGGAGGCCUUGGCCCUGAUCACCAGACAGUGGCCUCCUGAAACUGAACUUUUUAAAGACUCUAACAUUUGAUUAAUAUUCAAUGAUGCCAACUGUGCUGUUCCUGAAUGAAUAUUUGCAUUGCAUUGUGAACAACGACCUCUGGUCCUCUGAUAACUCCUAACAGUUUUGGUAUUCAAACUCAAAGUCUGUAAAUAAUGUAAAAAAAAAAAAAAAAAAAAGUCAUUUGCAUGUGCUGUAUGUGUGAUAGGGUUGUCUCACGACUCACGACUCGCAGUCAGUGGGGCAGCCAUCUCUUCUGCCUGCAGGCGCAGGGACUCUCCCAGACUGGGACACACUGCUGCUGUGCUAAACAGCGAGUUCAGAGGUGAGUAUAAUGGAGCUGAAGAGUUUCUGUCCUCCUUCACAUUCUGCUAAACUCCUCUGCUACAUCUGCUGCCAUGAUUCAAGUCACUGAAGUGGAUAAUGAUUGAGUGUCCAUCCAUCACAUUUCCAGGUGUGGGACCUGAGGGUUCGAGGCUGGGAGAGCCCCAUGCAGCCCCUCACAGUCACCUGAGUGCCGUGAUGUCUGCGGGCAUUCAUGACACCUGUGUGUCUGUGAACAUCUUGUAUUCCGUAUAUCUUGUCUAUUUUGCACACUAAUUUAUUCUGGAUGUCUCCCUAUGGCGAGAAC